CCUCAGCUUGCUACUAGCUACAUGUAGUAGACUACCAGUAGCUGUUAGUUGAGGGCAAUAAAGUUCAAAAAGCCCUCAGCUUGCCAGCUAGCGAGCUGGUACCUGGUAGUUGAGGGCAAGAAAGUCAUUGAUGACAGGUGUGUUUUACACCCAUAGGAGAGAUCGGAAUUCCACCCGACGAGGCUUUCCAAAAGUGUUCGAACGUUCGAACACUUCAAAGAAAGCCGAGCUUCUUCCUUCAAGAGAGUGCACUAUUACAAUACUGUACGAGUAGAAGCAACAUGGUGACAGCUAAAGAUACUAGUACACUACGGGAGGAGCAUUCUGUCCCUGGCGCUCGGAAUGGGUGCUCGGUGGAUGAAGCAAAGAACGAUGCGACUCAGGACGACCCCAAGCUUCUGUGGCGAAACUCGAGUGACCAAAAUCAAGAUAAGUUAGCUGUUUCGAGGAUGAGUCUAUUGACAGACAUUGGGAUUAUCCAGGACAGUUCAGAACAAAACGACGCAGAUAUCUCAGAGUUAGAAAAAACUACCAAGAUAGCUGUCGGCGAAGCAGACCGUGUGACGAGCAAAGUCCCCGCGGAGAAGGCGAUUCUCGACCUCACUGAGCCCAGCAAUGUUGAUAAUAUGAUGAAUGCCAAUGAGAAGCUAAAGAAAGACAAGGUCCUGAAUGCUGCCGGGAAUCUUACACCUCACGACACUAGCAAGUGUCAAGGAAACCGCCUCGGCGACCCAUCAUCGAAGCAAACAAUGGACAUGCCAUCACCUCAUCCACAAUCAACACCUGACGGCGUUGCAGCGCCUCCACCUCUUGGUCUAAGAAGACACGGUUCCCCUGUUGUUUUGCAAUCAUUACCUGGCGCUCAUCACCAAAUGCCCUCGUGGAGACAAGGACCAGAAGAAGAAGGAAACAGUAACGAAUCUUCUUUCAGAGAGACGACUCCAGAAUAUCAGAUGCCCAGAGACAACGUGGAAGGCUUGGCUGAGGCCAGACCAGUAGUAACCCCAACAGAAGUGGCGGAACCUAUCGAUGUAGCAGGGAAUCAAGUACAGCGUGAGCAGAGACAGCAAACGGAAGCAUCUAGAAUACUUCAGCUUGUACUGUUGGGAAUUUGUAUUUUGAGUCUGAUUGGAGUGGGACUUGGUGUUGGGCUGGCCCAAAGAGAUUCCUCAGGGGAAGGAGAGGCCAAGAGCAAACCAACAGAAACAACUCAGAAUCAUACCACAGUAGCACCACCUGACACCACCUCUUGGACAUGGGAUCUUCCAUUCACAAUUCCCAGUACAACAUUUGAGUCAUUGCACCAUGACAUUGUUGCCAAAGAGGAGACUCCUCUUGUUGAAGCCUACCGUUGGAUGAGAGCAGAUACAUACCUUGGGAGUUACUCAGAAGAAAGUCUUCUCCAACGCUUUCUGAUGGCUCACUUUUACUAUUCAACAAAAGGAAAGGAAUGGUUCCUUACUGGCGGUGGCACUGAAUCCGUGGAGGUUAUGGUAUCUGGAAGUCUUGAAGAAUCACAGGGUGGGUUACCUCUAAAGCCUCCAAUUUCAGGGAGCAGAAACCAAAGCAGUGAGAUCAGUGAUCCAGAGGAACCCUGUUGUAGAAUUGGCAUCUUACCAGGAAGGCCCAAAGGUGGAGAACUGGUAGAUAUCACCUCAGAGCCAUGGCUGUCCUAUUACCAACCAGAAUGUCACUGGUUUUUGAAAGCGGCUCCGUACCCCAACAGUCUGUCCCUGUGCAAUGAGGAUGGCCAUGUGCGAGUGCUGGAUUUUGCCGGGAACAACCUACAAGGCACGCUCCCUGCAGAGCUGGCACUCUUGGAUAGCUUGAGGGCAGUGAACAUCAUUCGAAAUGCAGUAGGUGGUCCAAUCUUCACAGAGAUUGGCAUGAUGAGUGAACUGGAAUCAUUCCUUAUUGGAGGUAACCAACUUACUGGCUCUGUUCCUUCUGAAGUUGGGAUGCUCUCAACCAAGCUGAAGGCCAUUGACUUGAUUGGCAAUAGGUUCUUUGGUGCUAUCCCAACUGAGGUUUGGAAGCUAUCUAAUGUGGAGCAACUGAAACUGGCACGUAAUAGGUUCACAGGGACUGUUCCCUCCAAUAUUGGAACCUUGCUGCCAAAGUUGAAGCUAUUCUUCCUGGGAAAGAACCAGUUCAGUGGCACGCUACCAAGUUCCAUUGGACUGAUGACGGACUUGCUGAAUGUGGAAACUGCAGACAACAAGUUUGAAGGGUCACUCCCCACAGAGCUAGGCAAGUUGAGUAAACUGGGAAUGUUUCAUGCUAGCAAGAGUGGUUUUUCUGGAGCAGUUCCUUCUGAGUUGGGCCUUCUUUCCAACAUGAUAGACCUUCGAUUGAACAACAAUCCAAAUAUCACAGGGUCACUGCCAUCUGAGCUGUUCAAUUUGAAAGAUUCUCUUUGGAUUCUCCAAAUUGAAGGGACUGCAAUCACCGGGACGAUCCCCGAUGAAUUUUGCAACGACUUUGUGUACCUCAGCUUUGACUGUUCCGAAACCUUGUGUGGUUGUGGCUGCAUGUGUUAGCCCGGUCAUGAAGUUUUGUAGACACAGUAAAGAGAGCCCAGACUAUAGGCUGCCUUUUUUAUACCAAGAGCCGUCAGCACCAGAUCAAUAGUGACCGAACUAUAGAGACCGGCUCAAGCUGUUUCGUUACCCAAGAACAAUCCAAGUCUCCAAAACUAGGUACUAGAAGUUAACCAUCGGUUUAGGGUAGCGGCACGGUGGACAGUCGUACUCAGAGUAGCCUUAAAAUAGAAUUCUAUUACGUAGG